UCUCAUGGAUCCCACUGCUUCCACCCGCACUCUGUGGAACCUGUCCCACGCCAGCCAAUGGCAGCCCAACAUCACCCAGUCCAAUGGCUCAGGAGUGAUCCUACCCAGUGAUGGUGCUCUGCUCCAGAUGCUGGCCCUCUGUUCUAUGGUCCUGAUGGACAUACUGGCUGUGGUGGGCAACUUGGCUAUUAUGACAGUCAUCGCCAGGGCACCGCGCCUGCACAAAUUUGUCUUCGUCUUCCACCUGUGCCUGGUGGAUCUCCUGGCUGCUCUAGUGCUGAUGCCUCUAGGGAUGCUCACAGAGAAGGCUUUCUUUAAUGAAGCCGUCUGCCAGGCAUACCUCUGUCUGAGUGUUGGGCUAAUUAGCGCUGCUAUCCUCACCAUCUCAGCCAUCAACGUGGAACGUUACUACUAUGUCGUCCAUCCAAUGCGCUACGAGGUUAAAAUGACCAUGGGGCUGGUGGUUUCAGUUCUUGUCGGCAUAUGGAUCAAAGCUAUGCUCAUGUCUGCACUUCCCUUGCUGGGAUGGACGCUGCAGAGGGACGAAGCCCGAAUGAACCUUGUUUUGGAACCAAGAUGCUGCUCUUUGCAUUUGAUGAACCGGGGUUCCCACCGCUUAGUGUUUAUGAUCUUCUUCACGCUCAUAUACUUCCUGUGUCCAGUCCUUAUCAUUUUGGUGGUGUACUGUAACAUGUUCAAGGUGGCCAGGGUGGCAGCGAUGCAGCAAGGUCCCGUACCUACAUGGGUUGAAACUCCACGGCCACGCUCCGAAUCCCUAAGCAGCCGUUCCAGCACAGCGGCCAGCCUCGGAGGGACCCGCAACACGCCACAGAGGACUUUUGGUGGAGGCAAGGCUGCAGUCGUGCUAGUGGCCGUCGGGGGUCAAUUCUUAGGCUGUUGGCUCCCCUACUUCUCUUUCCACCUCUACUCUGCCAUCAUAUCCUCCUCACCCGCAUCCCUGGCUCAGCUGGAAGAUGUGGUCACCUGGAUUGGCUAUUUCUGCUUCACCUCCAAUCCCAUUUUUUAUGGCUGUUUGAACCGGCAGAUCAGGGAGGAACUGGCGAGGAACAUGGCCCUGGUUUUCAAGUGGGGGCGGCCACACGAAGAGGAACAGCUGCCCAGUAGGGAGGCUUCUAUCGAAGAGAACUUCCUGCAGUUCCUCCAGGGCACUGGCUGCAACCUUGGGCCCAGGAACUCGCACAGCACCUCAGUCCCCCACCAGGAAGAUGACGACGCUCUCAUGACUCAUCGCAGGCCUUCCGGUGACUUCCACAUCCCCGGACAGAUCAUGGAAGAGACUUCGGAGUUCAUUGAGCAGCAACAGCUGAAUGAUCUCAAAAUAUCAGACAACUGUAUCAAAACGAGACCUGAGCUGCAGGGUUAAUAUUUAAAGAUGUGUAAUAUAUAUUUUAUUUAUCUUUUUAUUGUUACCAUGUUUGUUGUUAAUUCUUUUUGAUACUCUGCCCAACAAUUUGUAAGUCAAAGAGGCUAUUAUUCGGUUUGUAGAAUUUUGUGGAAAGCAUUUUCUCUGGAAGAACUGAGUUGAUAAACAACAGUUGUUCCAAGUGAGGCUGACAGCAAAUGAUCUCAUCUUUGCACCUAGUUACUAAUCCUUUAUUUAUUGGCCCACCAAUUAUGAGAGUGUGAGGGGUUGCCUGUUACAUGAUUCAGCCGUUGGUAGCUUAAUUAAACUGUGGCAUUAGGAGUGUAGGCCGACCUAUGUGACUAUCAAAGGAGGCUUGUAACCAGAUGUAUCCUUGUCUGUUGCAUUUUAAUACAGGAGUAUGAAUGAAAGAAGCACUAAAUAUGUGCAGGAAUAAAUAUCUGGGCUUUACUGAAUGGUAAGAGGAUAGAAGAGAUUGUGUGAUGUAUAGAAAGAACCAGAAAUUGAUUCUUAGAGAAACACUGGAUGCAGGAUAAUUCAAAAUGUUCUGAUGGAUAAACAUCUAAGGAGUUUAUAUCUUGGGCCAUUUAGAGAGGGACACACUUUGUAACAGAAAAAAUAAACAUCGCUUCAGCAUAUUAAGUCACGCUUUCCACACCUUGUGACAUGGUUAGCACAGUUUACUCCCCCAGGCUUUAAGCUUCAUGAAGCACCUGAUGAUCAGAAUGGUAGAACAAUCAGAUAAAAGGGUCACGUUGGGUCAGCUGUGAGCAUGGGUCACUACAGAUGUGCUCUAAGAUCUUAUUUAGCUUUACAAACUACUGAGCUGAAAGAGUCAGUUCAUUUUGGCUCUCCACCCACGCUCACAACACAAUGCAGCUGCCGAUUUACCCCAUAGGCAAAAAAGAUUAUCUUGCCAUCUCUUUUAUACCAGUUGCAGUAUUUAGCCAGAUCUCCUACCGCAUCUGAAUGGGUGAGUUUAUAGCAUAGAAUGUGCACCAAAACAUUUUCUUUUCCAUUCAUUAUCCAGUCACUUCGCUACCCUAAUCUCUGGAAAAGUUCAUUCACAGAGUUCUCUAGUGCUCAGCAGGCACUACACUAAAAUAACAAACUGAAAAUAUGUUGAAUGCAUUUGAGGUAGCAAAGGCAGUGUAUGCUGACUUUAUUUGAUUAAAUGGAAACGUGAGGCCUAAUAAAAUUAAGCUGAGGUGGGUCGUUCAGGUCCAGAAAGUUAAAAUCCUUCCCCAAAUUUUGUUCCAACACCGUCGUUUACUAAAAGCCCGGCAGUUGGGACAAAAUCUUACGGAGGAUUUUUACUCUCUAGACCUAAAUUAACUGUCUCUAAAAUUAAGUUUGUACAACUAUUUGUUUGUUUAUGUCUGUUGAGAGGAAAGGAGGGAAUUUCCAAACAAAUUACAGCUCCUAAAGAAUAAAGAAGAGCAUUUUAACUGAACCUAACUGUAUGGUACUAUUUCCUGAGUGGUUAGCCUUUUUAAAGAGUAUUGUGCCAUGAAGAAAAAUCAAAUAAAAGAUCAAAUAAAUAUUUUACUGGGCUGCCGUCAGCUUGCUUUGGAGAAAUUCUGCUACUGGAUAAUCAAAUGCCAAUGGUCUCAUAAGGUGAGCAGUAUUGUAGCUUGGUUUGCACUAGAGAGGUAGCGGUUCUUGUGAUUGCGAAUAGACACUGCCCAACAUGAAUGUGCCGUUGUUUAGGGGUAAACCUGACUCUGCUCCCUGCAGUACAGAACUGUUGUGUUUUGCCAUAAGCAGUCUCAACUUGUUGUGGCUACAGCACGCAAUAAAAGCAAUACUUAUACAUGUU